AUGACGAAUCAUAAAAAGGCGUUCUUGGUCUCUUUCCAAUUUUUCUUCAUUACUUCACUGUUUCCGGCCUUCGCAGGGAGAAAAGAAGGCUCCGUCCAACAGACAUUUUUACGGGAGCCCAAAGACAAAAUGGUCAUUUUAGGAGAAGACAUCUUGCUUCCUUGUCGUGUCCAGAACAAGAUAGGAAUGCUCCAAUGGACAAGAGAUGGGUUCGGUCUGGGAUCGGAUCGAGAACUAAUUGGCUUUCCUCGCUAUAUUAUGGCUGGAAACGACGACGAAGGUGACUAUUCUCUGCAAAUUGUGAAUGCUCAGUUGGUCGAUGAUGCAGAAUUUCAGUGCCAAGUUGGAGCUGCAGAAGGGGUUACAGGAAUUCGAUCUACGACUGCUAUUCUUACUGUCCUUGUUCCUCCGGAACCCCCUAUCAUUGUUCAAGGGGAUUACCUUCGUACCACUAGUGGUAUGACAGUUGAGCUGACGUGUGAAGCCCGUGGAGGCCGCCCACCAGCGGAGCUUGCUUGGGUUGAUGAAAAAGGAGAAGUGGUCGAAGUGAAUACAUAUUACAAAACGCACCAGCUAACUGACGGAAAAAGAGCUAACGCCAUUUUGACUUGGAAGUUCACUCCAAAGAGAGAACACCAUAUGAAGAGUUUCACCUGCCGAUCUGAGAACUCUGCGCUUAAACAGCCUGCUCUAGCAACCAUUAAAAUCGACGUAAAAUAUGCCCCGAAGAUAGAUCUUAUAGUUCACAGCACCAGGAUAUUGGAGAAUAACAAUGUUCGAUUCACUUGCGAAGUCGACGCUAAUCCUCCUGGGGUUUCCUUUAAAUGGUACAGAAAUGAUGAGGAGCUUCUUGAUGAUCAUAGAACAGUAUUUAUACUGAACCGGGUAACCAGGGAGAACAAUGGAGACACAAUUAGUUGCGAAGUGAGCAACGCUGUGGGAAGUACGAAGGCAACUCACACAAUGAACGUUCUAUAUGGACCUAGGAUUAUCAGAAAUUUAGAGAAUGUAGAAGCAGAUUUAGGCGAUAGAGUGGCACUGUUAUGUGAUGUCGACAGUAACCCAAAAGCAAACAUCAUCUGGACAUCUGAGCAUUCCUCGGCAAUAUUAGGGACUGAACCUGUUCUUGUGAUACCUAACGUAACCCCAGAAACUUCAGGAGAAUACCAUUGUAGAGCAACAGUGAGCGGCUUUCCCCAAAUAACUGAAAAAAUCGUGGUCUUUUUGAAAGGACCACCUAUUGUUACUGCGAAGAAGAACCAGUUUGGGAACGAAGGAGAAACUGUAGAAGUGGAGUGCAUGAUAACGUCCGUGCCCCAACCCUCACGAGUCAUCUGGACUAAGAAUUCACAGAUUUUGGACAUAGACAACUCUCGUGGUUAUGAAAUAGUUACACAACCUCUUGAAGACGGAAUAAGAAAUCUUCUUAUUAUUCAUAAGGCUCGAAGUGAUGAUUUUGGUCUAUAUAACUGCUCUGUAUGGAAUGGAUUUGGCCAUGACAGUGUUUUGGUUCACCUGAGAAAACAAGAGAGUAUACCGACUUUAAUCAUAAUUGCUGGGGCGACAGGAGGGAUCGUUUUUGUGGUGUCAGUUACAGCUGUUGUAAUUUUAUGUUUGAGGAAAAGAUCACCAGCAAAAAUUGGAAAAUUUGAAUCUCGAAACAAGGCCAAGCAUUCAGAUACAACUUCAACUGGUGAUUCGGAGUUAAAAGCUGAAGUCCGCACUACGUCGUCAGUAUCUAACGAUAACGAUCCUGGCUGGGAUAACAGAAGUGACGUCAGCCGAGCACGAGACGCAAAUGACCUAUAUAAAUCACCGGUCGAAUAUACAGAUCCAGUUUUUCCUCCAACCUUGGAAACUCAAGGAAGUAAUGGGUACAUCCCAUAUGUGGACUACACCAGAGAUUAUACCCCACCUCCUGUACAACAGUUGGCUAGGCUACCUCGCUCCUCUCAGUAUAUGGGAGAAAUAGAUCCUCGUUUCCACGCAGGCUAUGCAAAUCCAUAUCUCCGGACUUCGCAUUCAACACUUCCUCCUCCUCAGGGAGUUUACUUGAGCAACAGAGGUCACUUCUUUAGUAAUACCCUUCCUCAGAAACUCUACAUCACAGCAGAUCCAGGUCCCACACAAAUAAAGUCAGCGACAGUAGCCACGCAUGUUUGAAGGAAAGAAGAUAUUUCAUAAUAAUUUUGGACCACUUUCUUCAAAACGCUUCGCCUGUCGACCAUUCUGGAACCUCUUUUACCACGUUGCGUAUUAUAAUAUAUAUUGUCAUUUACAAUAUGUGACAUUUUCUAUGAUGAUCAGGCUCAUGUCACUGAUGAUCAUGGUAAAUGUCUUGUAAUACCUGAUAAAAGGUGUUGGAUUCGAGUACACAGUGGGAAAGUGCUUGUAUAUACAAGGAAUACAAAAGUGUUUUUAUAAAAAGGAAUCCUUUUGAAAAAGAAUAAGUAUUUUAUUAAUGUAAUUAUCGAUGAGUGCCAAAUUUUUUAUGAACUAUAUGGUUCAAAAGUUAUUAUUCUUCAAUUCUGGACGUAUGAGGAGGGGGGUAACAAAAUAAUGAUAAAUAAUUUAAAGUCUAAAAAUAUGCUGAAGAAGGAUUUAGCACGUUUUUAUCGGUUGAGUGCAAUGUGAUUGUUAUCCACCAUAUAUUAUACUUAAUGACAACACUGCAGAAAGAAUACAUAUCACCAGUCAUCAAGAAAAGUGCUUCUUGACAUUUCUAAAAUUUACAUUGUGCAAAGCAUGGUUGGUCUUCAAAGAGACUAUGUUUUAAGUCUCUGCAAAAUAACACUGAGGGACAGACUAUACAACUAAGGAAUAAUUAAAUCAGGCUGUCGACGUAAGAGGGUAUGAACUAUGAGGUUCCUACUGAAUAGAACAAGUGUUUACCAAUACAACCGGGUGUUUCGUCGUCAUUCGUAUAUAGAUCAGUGUAAAAUCAAAUGUUCAUUGAAGCUUGUACAUUAUUAUUUAUUUCAUUGAGUUAGUGUUUUCUUAAUCUUGACCCAGAUUAUGAAAAUAUAGUUGUGUCGCUUAUUAUAAAUGGAAUUGUAAAUGCUACCAAAGAAAGUUUUCCAAAAUAAUACUAAGUAUUUUAAUCUUCCAUGAAUCUUUCUGAAUGUACUAGGUAUUUUACUAAUUUCAGCUUUGCAGAUAGAAGCUUAAAUAUCUUUAAAACUUGUCAAAUCAUAUGAAGCUUAUCCAAGAUUUUAAUACAGCUAAUCUUCGAAUGUAAAGUUUUAAGGCUCUGUUUAAUAUUUUCAGCAUUUUAUUUAAUCUCUCUGACAUAGGAUCGCUCCCUCAACCAAAUGGUGAUAGGCCAAGGAACAAGGAAUUCCGAUAAUUGUUUCUCAGCAGUCUUGCAUACGCCGUUGGAAAGCUAAAAACCUUCUGUAUCCAAAUAUGCAAUCCGUAGUUCAGUCGAUAGUUAUGAGCAGUUAAAAGAGACACAUGAUUUCGGAGUCUCCGCACCAUCUUACCAGCAAUGGUCCCAAAUACGAAUUGGUUAUCUCUUUGUUAUUAUUAUUCUCAAUUUCAAUUAUACGACCUUUCUUCAUUGUUUGUUUGAGGUUGAAGGCCUUGUUCUGGAUCCCUUGAUCAGGUGGAAGGUUAUUACUCCUAUCAUUGCUGUCCCUUUCAGCAUCAAACCUAUUUUUGAGUGCCACCAGAGCACUUUUGGAGUUUGAUAGAUAGAUCUACUUUAACAAGGGCUGUCAAAAUGUCCAUCGUGAUUUCAUCCACAGCGGCUGCCCAGACUGCAAGUCUGAGAUCUCAGAACCUUGCAUAUGUAAUGAGUGUUGAUGACAUGCCGAAAAGUAGCAAAGUUACAAUCACGGUAAACGGGGAUUAGAGCUAGUUGCUGAAGAUCUAUUGUGCUCUGGUCUAAGAAAUAGAUGCGAUGACGGGCGAAGAAAUAAAAGUUCACGUAGCGGACCCGUCGGUUAUACAAUAAGAAGUAUAGUCAUUAACCAAGAGGUUUCUACUAAUGAUGUGGCAGUCAUAACUAGGUCAAUUUUCUUCCGACUUGGAAACUUUGAAAGUUGAUCGUCAUAUCUCACCAUACGCGCUAUAUUCUGUAUAAGUCUCACCAAAAUCUGAUAAAUCCCCGAUUUUUACGUCUGUUUCCUGCCACCAAGCUGACUCUGGUUGAGGGAGAAAUCACGUGUUAAAUUGUUUUUAUCCCCCUUUACCAUUAAAUUAUUAAUUUAGAAUCGCACAUUGAUGUAAACAUACCUUUAAAAUACGCAUUCUAAACGUUGUAAUAACUUGAGUGGUGUUAUUAUAAAAAUUCAAAUUUUAGUCUUUGUUGAUUGUAAUUCCUUUUUUAAAUUAAUUACGGUGAACACUAAUCAUCAGCCGAUAUUUUCUGUUUUACUUUUAAGUUCUGGCUCAUGAGAUUACUUCCUACUGUACUAGAUAGCAAGAGCUUAUUGGUCCUGUAAUUUGUACCGAGUUUCAGUUGAAUAGGCUUCAGGUGCGUCGAUUUAAAUAACUUAUCUGUAGAUAUGUGAGCUGACAAUAUAUCCCACGACUACAGAGGAACGACUUGUUGACUUUCUUCUUUAAAAAACAAAAUCUGUAUUAUAUAAUUUUGAAAAAUUAUUAUGAUUUAUUUUAUAACGUAAUUUCUAUGCUCAUGACAAUCCAAUUUAUUAACGUUCAGUUCUAGUACAAAGUCAAAUGAUGUGCCAUUGGUUGCAUUUAAAAAUGUUUGUAUA